CGCGGGCUGAACCCCAACUCGGAGAGCCUUGCUCAGCGACGAAUUAGGAUCCGGGGGGCCCAGGACAGAUAAGAAAACUUGUCUGGGUGCCCACUUGGUCCUGAGCGCUCUUGGGAGGGCUCUGGAAAAGACCAUCGCCUUGCAGGGGAAGGAAACUGAGGUCCAGAAAAGUUAUGACUCUCCCCAAGGGGCUUGCCUGGCAGGACAUGAAGGGGAAGGGGCCUGCCGUGGGGUAACCCUCACUGGAGAAUCCAGAGACACGCUGCUUUUUGGAUGCCUCCUACACCUGGUGGGAGUCUUGUGUGAGCCGGCUCCACCACACGGCCCACGACAUCUUUUCAAGGAAGCCAGUGCACCCUCUGCGAGGCUCCGCAGGAGGCCAGGACAGGGCAGUGUGCUCACAAGGCCAAUUUCUGAUCGUCCGCCCUGUGGGUGAGGACCAGUAGGCAGCUGCCAAGAUGGGUGAAAGGAAAGGAGUCAACAAGUACUAUCCUCCGGACUUCAACCCUGAAAAGCAUGGCUCUCUCAACCGGUACCACAACAGCCACCCGCUUCGGGAGCGGGCUCGGAAGCUGUCACAGGGCAUCCUCAUCAUCCGAUUUGAGAUGCCCUAUAACAUCUGGUGCGACGGCUGUAAGAACCACAUCGGCAUGGGUGUUCGCUACAAUGCGGAAAAGAAGAAGGUGGGCAAUUACUACACAACCCCCAUCUACAGGUUCCGAAUGAAAUGCCACCUCUGUGUCAACUACAUCGAGAUGCAGACAGACCCGGCCAACUGCGACUAUGUGAUCGUGAGUGGCGCCCAGCGCAAGGAGGAGCGCUGGGAUAUGGCGGACAACGAGCAGGUGCUGACCACAGAGCAUGAGAAGAAGCAGAAGCUGGAGACGGACGCCAUGUUCCGGCUGGAGCACGGGGAGGCCGACCGGAGCACGCUCAAGAAGGCGCUGCCCACACUGAGCCACAUCCAGGAGGCCCAGAGCGCCUGGAAGGACGACUUCGCCCUUAACAGCAUGCUGCGGAGACGGUUCCGGGAAAAGAAAAAAGCCAUCCAGGAGGAGGAGGAGAGAGACCAGGCCCUGCAGACCAAGGCGAGCCUGACCAUCCCGCUGGUCCCGGAGACGGAGGAUGACCGCAGGCUGGCGGCCCUGCUGAAGUUCCACACCCUGGACUCCUACGAGGACAAGCAGAAGCUCAAGCGGACCGAGAUCAUCAGCCGCUCCUGGUUCCCCUCCACCCCCGGAUCCGGCUCCAGCAGCAAGGUCAGCGGCGUCCUGAAGAAGCUGGCGCAGAGCCGCAGAACUGCACUCGCCACCUCCCCCAUCACCGUGGGGGACCUGGGCAUCGUGCGGCGGCGGUCUCGGGACGUCCCGGAGAGCCCACAGCAUGCGGCCAACACCCCCACGUGUGGAGAACCGGGGGGACCAGAGGAGACUGCCCAGGACAAGCCUGUGUCCCGCGAAGACUGUCCUCGGGAAACAGCCGAGACCCCCAAGUGCAGCGGGCCGAAGGGGCAGGAAGGGAGUCGUCAGGACAAGCCCCUGUCCCCAGCAGGCUCCUCCCAAGAAACAGCUGACGCCCCAGACACGCGGCACCCCUGCAGCCUCGGCUCCUCCCUCGUGGCGGACUACUCCGACUCCGAGAGUGACUGAGCCAUCCCCAUCGUGGGGACUGGACCUGCUCCAGAGGCCGGGACACACCCAGGAGUCCCCUCACAGACUGUAGGCCCCCUGCUUGCCCACCGGCCCUGGGAGAGCUCAGACGCCGCCCCCUCCCCAGACCUCGCCUUCCUGCAACCGUGGAGUUGUUAUUUAUUUGGUCCUGGUGAGGAUGUUUGUGCCUUGUCGGACUUCGUACAUUAAAGCCCCGUUUCUUUUUC